CAUGGCCCAUUUCCUUGUCCCUGCGAAUAAAUACCCUCUAUUUCCGUCUCUUCCUCCGUAACUAUAAACCUCAAAACGGUCGUAUCUUUGUAAGCCCCUCUCGGUUGCUUUCGAGAUGAGGAGGUUCUGUAAACAUUUAUCUGCGAUCGGAUUCAGAAACUCUUCAAACUCUUUCUCAAUCCGCAGCUUUAGUGUUAAUCCCUUAGUUGAACCGGGAUGUCAUUUAGCUGAUUUUAUUGUCUCUACGUCAUUUCUACAAACACCUUGUUCGGAGUCUGUCAAACUGUCGUUUCCCUUGAAUCCUCUUGUGGGGUUCGCGGUGUUCGCGCGGCGGUUUUGUUCAGAGGCUGUCCCUAUUGUUCCAAGUUUUGAUCUUAGGGUCGACGAUGUUGAGAAAGAGGAUAAAUGUUUGGAAAGUGAUGUCGAUAGGUUGUACAAUGCUGUCAUCGAUAACUCUAGUGCGUAUAAGAAUAUGGAGAAGGCUCUUGACCAAGUUGAUGUAGAGUUGACGAAUGAAUUAGUGGUUGAGGUUCUUCGUAGGCUUCGGUUCGAGGAGAAAAUAGCGUUUAGAUUUUUUACGUGGGCGGGGCAUCGAGAAAACUAUGCCCACGAGUCUCGGGCGUAUAAUGAUAUGAUUGACAUACUGUCUAAUACAAAAUACAAGGUGAAGCAGUUUCGAAUUGUUUGCGAUUUACUGGAUUACAUGAAGAGGCGCGACAAGAACACGGUUCCCGUUGAAGUUCUGUUGAAAAUUUUGAGAGAUUACACUGAAAAACAUCUGACCUAUUUGCAUAAAUUUGCCAAGAAGAAGAGGAUAAGGGUGAAGACGCAGCCGGAGAUCAAUGCUUUUAACUUGCUGUUGGAUGCUUUGUGCAAGUGCAGUUUGGUCGAGGAUGCUGAAGCCAUGUUUAAGAAGGUGAAGAACAAGGUUAAGCCUGAUGCUAACACUUAUAACAUCUUGUUUUUUGGGUGGUGUAGAGUUAGAAACCCAACUAGAGGAAUGAGAGUACUGGAAGAAAUGAUUGAAUUGGGUCAUACUCCUGAUAAUUUUACGUACAAUACUGCCAUUGAUACCUUUUGCAAAGCAGGGAUGGUGACUGAAGCAGCUGAACUCUUUGAUUUCAUGAGAACGAAAGGUUCCACGCUGUCUUCGCCUACUGCUAAAACUUAUGCAAUCAUGAUUGUGGCUUUUGUCCAGAAUGAUAGAAUGGAGGAGUGCUUUAAACUUCUAGGGCAUAUGAUAAACAGUGGUUGCCUUCCUGAUGUUACUACAUACAAGGAACUGAUUGAGGGGAUGUGUUUGGCUGGAAAGAUUGAGGAAGCGUACAAGUUCUUAGAAGAGAUGGGAAAUAAAGGUUACCCUCCAGAUAUCGUUACUUACAACUGUUUUCUCAAAGUCCUUUGUGACAAUAAAAAGAGUGAUGAAGCACUCAGGCUUUAUGGAAGAAUGCUUGACAUGGAUUGUGUGCCUAGUGUGCAGACCUAUAAUAUGCUGAUUUCAAUGUUUUUUGAGAUGGCAGAUACUGAUGGGGCGUUUGAGACUUGGCAUGAGAUGGAUAAGAGAGGCUGUGCACAAGAUAUGGAUACUUAUAGCUUGAUGAUUGAUGGGCUUUUCCGUUGUAACAAGGUUGAAGAUGCAUGUUCCCUUUUGGAAGACGUGGUAAACAAGGGAAUGAAAUUGCCAUAUCGGAUGUUUGAUUCAUUUUUGAUGCAACUUUCUGUGAUUGGUGAUCUCCGUGCCAUCCACCGGCUCUCGGAGCAUAUGAGAAAGUUCUACAAUUCUGCCAUGGGAAGACGUAUUGCACUCAACCAGAAGCGAAAGAGCAUGAGUUUGAGAGGGAAGUAAUGAGAUUUCUAGAUUAGCUAUCUAACUAUCUUUUCAGUGUCUUUGUGGAGAUCAUCUACUGAGAUGUUUUUCUAACUGCUGGUGCUGCCUCAUCAUGCCAAAUGGUUGUAUAGCUGAAAGUACUCUUCUAGUUUACUACUAGUACUACUGAGGUAUCUAAUCCCAUAGUUUGUUCCUCUAACUUUCGUCUCAGUGCGGUGUCAGCCCAGCAGAGUAGCGCUUUUGCUGUUGGGGUGAUUUCAGAUUCUCUACAUUUCACUGCUCCACAGGAUGAGAUUGAGCUGCCAUCCGGUGGAGCAGCUACCUUCCUUGGAAAAUGCAAAAAGUGCAGCUGCCUUCUUUCCCAGAUUCUAUUUCUUGACAGUAAAGUGUGAGUUGACCUACAACUCAAUAUCUCUCUAAUUCAUCUGAAAAUCUCCCAUUUGUGCAAGACUGGAGGCUACGUGUCAGCAAGGAGGGAUCAUGAGCCAAUACUGUGUUUCUACUUUUUAGCAUUGAGGCACGUCUUCCAUGGAUCGACUUUGUGUUUCUAUGUCAGGCACGUCUGCAGUGAAGGUUAUCGCUCUUGGUGACGAACCCAGUCCUGACGAAGAAACCGAAUUCAAAAGCUUGUAGUUUCUACUGAAACUUCAUAAAUAAUUUUCUUGGAGACUGCAUUGAUGCAGCAGGAUGUCAAUAAUUUCAACUAUAGAUCAUUUUAGGAGACAGGAGUGAGCAGAAGGCAUUCAAACACACGAGAAUAACUUGUUUUAAUCCUGGUUCCUUCUGAAAUGACCACACAUUUGUGGCAUAUUGUUCAUGCACUCAGGAAGUUGAAUUGUCAGCCUUCAAAGAAUAUGAGAAAUAUAUGUUACACUAAACUUCAGCAGGCCAAUCUGAAAUAAUGCGAGGCUGGAUUUAAGCUGGGAACACCACUUUGUUCUAUGUGAUGCUAGGUAGAAUAGGCUCAUUGCUAUUGAACUGGUCUAAUAUUUAAUUAGAAACUUGCCUAUCAAAUGACUAGAAAUUUGUGAUGUACAGAAAAGAAGGCAAUUGAUUAUUACUUCUGGUGUAUAGAAUGCUGUUGGUAUGUGAA